UUUUAUGCUGCUGGGGUCAAACUGAUGUGUGCACAGAGAGACUUUGUUGUUAAAGCGGAUUGUUCAACAGCGAAAUGAUGCUCAACAAUGCUGAGACCGACGAUUAGGGAACUUUUGACUGACAAUACUGCAGUUUAGUGCUAGAUUUGAGUGGAGAGGGAGAGAAACAUGCGGCAUUGACAACUCCAGUUUUUCCCGUCUGGAAGCUGAUUGGCUAAGUUAAACGUCGAGCCAGUGUCUGUCAAGUAAAAACGACAGAAGACAGAGGAGAGCCUUCUUCUCAGUCAGCUCUCAGCCCCCCUGACAGUGCAGCUGUAUACGUACAGGUGCAGCUCCGAUAUGACUAAGAGAGGCACGUCUCUUCAGCUUGUCAAAAGGAUGCUGAACCAUCACUGCCGAAGGAACCCUGAGCUUCAUGAGGAGCUGCAGAUCCAGGCUGCAGUGGCAGCAGGUGAUGUGUACACUGUCAGGAGAAUGCUGGAGCAAGGAUACUCGCCCAAGAUCCGCGAUGCCAAUGGCUGGACACUGCUCCACUUCUCUGCUGCCAAAGGAAAAGAGAGAUGUGUUCGAGUCUUUCUGGAACAUGGAGCUGACCCCACAGUGAAGGACUUUAUUGGUGGUUUCACAGCACUUCACUAUGCCGCUAUGCAUGGCAGAGCGCGCAUCGCCCGACUGAUGCUGGAAUCUGAGUUUCGCAGUGACAUUAUAAAUGCAAAAAGCAAUGACGGCUGGACGCCUCUGCACGUGGCUGCCCAUUACGGUCGAGACUCCUUUGUGCGUCUCCUCCUUGAGUUCAGGGCUGAGGUGGACCCGCUGAGUGACAAAGGGACCACGCCGCUACAGCUGGCUAUCAUCCGUGAGCGCUCCAGCUGCGUACGGAUUCUCCUUGACCACAGCGCCAACAUUGACAUUCAAAAUGGCUUCCUGCUGCGAUAUGCAGUCAUCAAAGGCAAUCACUCAUACUGCCGCAUGUUCCUGCAAAGAGGAGCGGACACUAAUCUCGGACGUCUUGAAGAUGGCCAAACCCCGCUGCACCUGUCAGCCCUCCGGGAUGAUGUGUUGUGUGCUCAGAUGCUGUACAUGUACGGGGCUGAUACCAACACCAGAAACUAUGAGGGCCAAACACCGGUCGCUGUAUCUGUUAGCAUGUCUGGGAUCAGCCGGCCCUGUCUGGACUUCCUGCAGGAGGUCACCAGACAACCGCGGACUCUACAAGACCUGUGUCGAAUAAAAAUUCGUCACUGCAUUGGCCUCCAAAGCUUGAAAUUCUUGGAGCAACUACCAAUUGCAAAGGUUAUGAAAGACUAUUUAAAACACAAGUUUGACAAUGUGUGAAGGCAACGCCAGAAGUGAAGAGGGUGACUUAAAACUCUGCUAUCAUUUGUGAAGACUAUGCAAUCACUCUGCUCCUUGCCUGGAAGAAAUGUCCAUAGGACAGUUCUUUACAUGCUGAAGGAUAGUUAGUCCAUUUGUUAAGUCAGUUCAACACAGUAAAAGUAGAUUUUUCAGCUCCUGUUCUCCAUUUUAGCCUUUUUAUGGUUAGAACAGUGGCCGAGGAGUGGAAAUGGAUCCACCUCAUGUGAGGAACGAUUGUUUUUGUGGGAAAAAGAAAACCUUAUUUUCAUGCAGAUAGCAUCGCUACUACAGUUUGCAUUAUGACCAUGUAUGUUGUUAUUGUAUAAAUGUGUAUGAUGUUAUCUUUGCUGAGACAGAUUUUCAUCAAGUGCGUACUUGCCAAUCAAGCCCCCAUCCUUUUUGAAAUUUUUUAUUUACAUUUUUCUUCUUCUGACCCGUAGAACCUCGGUGCAGUGAUUGAUGACAAUUUCCUCCCUGACCCAGAAUUGGUGUUUGAGCUGCAUGGAUAAUUAUAGCUUUAAAAUCGUCUACAUGGUACAUUCACUGAUUUUGUUUGCUCACCCUGUUGUGAGUGUAAAUCUCAAUAACCACCCACAUCUCCUUUUUGUCUGUUGUUUCCAUUGACAGCUAUUGGCAACAGUUCAUGAAUCAGUCGACCAAUCAGCAGUCUGGAUAUGACCUCUCAAUUAAUUUGCUAUGUCAAAAGAGAAAAGCGGUGUUACUUUGUGUAACUCUGCUUUGAACAGAAAGCAAAAAACAACACAAAAUAUGGAGCUACAAAUGGCUGGGAGAUUUGGACAGUAUGUUUGGAACAUAUAUGUCACUGCACAGCAAGUUCUUUCUCCUGUAAUAAUGGAAUAAACUCAGUUUAUAACUGGCAAGCAGCCAUCAUUUGUGACGUGCCAGAAAGCCAGCUGAUUGGCCAAAAGCUAGAUAAUUCAUCAUUAAAGGAGGACUGUGGUAUUUUAGAACCAGCAGCUGCAACACAGUUAAAAUGGCUAAAUGUUAUCCUUUGGGGCAAAUUUGACCUUCAGAGUUACAUCCACUAAAAGUGCUUGUUUUUCCACAUGUGAAACACUGCUUUGUUCCAUGGUCCACGCUGCUUCAUGUACUACCAGGAGUGUUUCAGAGGCAGAGCAUCACGCCUGCCUGAUGUUCUUGACUCACUCGGGUGCUUCUUCCAUAGUUGAGUAGGCUACAGGGUUAAGUUGUUUUGUAAUUUGUCUGUUUUCAGUUUGUUUAUGCUUAACAUUUCCAACUUUGUUGUGCUGUAGAUGCCUAGUCUGACUUCCUGCCUAGCUUGAUUUGCUAUGUGCAGCUUGACACGGCUGCUGUCCGCUUCCCUCAAAGAAAAAUUCAGUGUGUAUUCGCGACAGAGCAAAAGAGAGAGCUGCUUCUGGGACGCUGUUAAAACACAGCGUGACGCAGCUGGAACCACAAGCAUCGAUCGAACUGCCGCAAUCAGCUCCUGUGACGUUGUCGCAGCAGCAGAUGUACCCAGUUGCAUCUGGGGAUUAGAAUACCAAUCUUGUUAAUUUUGUGGCGAAACCCUUUAAAGCACCUUUAGUGGACCUAACUUUGACGGUAGGAGUUGCAGUCAUCUUGGCCAUUAUCAGCCAGAUUCCCAAACUAGAUAAUUAUGAAUCAUUAACACACUAAAACAUGUCAAUCAGUGCCCAGGUUUAAAAACCCUUCCCUUCAAGGAGAUUAAUCAAGUUAUUCAAUGCCCAUUCAAAAAUGAUUUGAGUUGAUUUGGCAACUUAAGUAUAAUUCUAAGAUCAUUUUUGAAACUGCCAGUCGAACAGUCAAAGCGUUAGUGAACUUACUUUUUACACUAUACAUUUUAGUUUGGAGUGAGUGCACUGUGAUAUAAUUUUCUUCGAAAGCACCAAAUUUUCUCACUAAAGCAGUUGCUCAUGUACAAAUGAAUAAUCAGGUCUUUUUUGGAUAACACUGACACACAAUCACUCAAAGCUACAGUCAAUGUUAAUAUGUUACAUGUACAACAGAUAUUUUUGUAGAAUUUAUUUAAGCAAUGAUCUCUGAUAUUCUUAUUGUAUUUAAAGUUUGGAAAGUAUUGUGAUCAGUUUGGUGUGACUCGAGUAUUUCUUUUUUUUGUGUAUGUCUGAGUUUAAAGACUCUUGUACAAGAAUAAUUUGGAUUCAAGUGUUCUUUGAUUUUUAUGGCAGAAAUGCUGGGUGCUUUCUCAAAAUCCAUCAUCUUUUGCAGGUAACUCUGUUGUGCAGAUUAUACUGUGAAUCUUUUCAUUGACAAUUUGGAUUUAAAUGUAGAGUUUGGAGUGAUGCCCAUGCCAUGGAUGAUAUUCCUUUCUUUGUCUCUGCAUGCGUUUAAAAUGCAUAGUGAAAUUA